AUGGCGAUCCCGGCCGGCAGGAACUUCGCAAGCUGCUACAUGGAACUGUGCAAGCAGCAACGACUGCGACCGCUGCCGGUUAUAUGUGUCACCCUACCGCACAGCCUGGACUUCACCACCGAUCGCGUCAAGAUGGACGAUUGGGGCCCGAUCUUGAAUUCCCUUUCUCUCGAUCGCUCCCUCAAAUCGAUUAGCAUCCACAGCAGGUAUCAAUACCGUAAACCCUUGGAGGAGGUAAAUUCGGAGGAUAAGGCGAGAGCAAUGGGCAAAGCCCCGGUGGUCCUCACGCGAUAUUUGCUGGAAUGGAUGUCGCAGAGCGUCGGCCAGUGCGUGAGAAAUUCGCCCAGCCUCACGCAUUUGGAACUCGAGGGCAUCCCGUUUCCACCGGACUGCGUCGCGGUGCUCUGCGUCGGUCUGUCGGGCACGGGAACCCUGCACCAUCUGUCCCUGCGACGCUGCUUAAUCGGGGACACCGGCUGCGAAUUGAUCUGCCGAACGGUAGCGGACAUUCGCAGCGUGAGGUCGUUGAAUCUCAGCCACUGCGACCUCACGUCAAACAGCGGCGGCGCUUUGGCGUCCGCCCUCUCCAGACAGAAAUUAGCGCUCUACCACGACACGUGGAAGCAAUCGCUGAGGUAUCGCGAGCCCAACUUCGAGGCGAUGCCGGGAUUACGUCGAUUGACCCUGAACGAUAAUCCGCAUCUCGGCAACUGCGCCGUAAGGGAAAUGAUCGAGGCGAUCCGCGACAGUUUAUGGAUGAAGGCGCUUGAUCUCCAGCACUGCGGCUUAACGGAUCAGAUCGGCGACGAUCUGCUGAACCUGCUCGAGCAGAAUAACACGCUGGCGGUGCUCGACGUGAGGAAGAACGCGAACCUGAACGACGAGCUUGCGACGGAAGUGAUGAGGAGAUUGGGGGAGAACGACGUCGAGGGAAAGUCGUCGGAAUACAAGUGGAUGGGAUUGGCGCCGAAGGACAAAAGGAUCGCGUCGGCUGGUACCAGAAGAUGCAACGAGAACGAAGACGCCGCGAAGCUCUCGAGAGCGCGAAGCGCCUUCACCAUGUACGCGAAGAGGACGUGCCAGGCGAUUCCUCCGAGGAGGACGCUCCCGAUGACGCUUCUGCCGUCGAAGAUGAAGAUCCGGCCGCCAUCGCCGCCGGUCCGCGACAUCCCUCAGCAACGACCUAAUCUGAUUCGAUCGCGAACGAUCGGCAGCAUACAAACGGUGCCCAAGGUGUCUCUUCACCUGAACCUUCAGUCCAGGAUACAAUCCGCGGUGAAUCGCGACGUCGAAGAUCGAAAGACAACGUCGGGAGAACCCAAAGAAGACGUCCCGUGUUCCGCGGAAACGAGCCUGAGGAGCUUCGAUUCGAUCAAGGUGGAUGUUGGAACGCAAAGCGUGGAUCGGCAGGACAAUCCGGAGGAGAUUCAGAGUGUCCUCAGGAAAUUGGCGGAAGCUCAAGCGGAGCACGAUCGUCUUCUGGAGAAAAGCAAGCGGGUCGACCUUCUGCUCGUCGAGGAACGUGCGUGUCGCGAAACCGCCGAGGCGAACCUGCGAUCGGCGCAGAACGACAUAGCUGUGCUGGAGAACGUUCUGAAGGAGAAGGAGAUCGAGACCAGGGGCUGCCUGCUGAUCAGCCAGCAGUCCCUGGACGAGAUAUGCCUGUCGUUCGACCGGCUCCUGGAUCUUCUCGAGAAUGUCGCCAAACAUCCGUUCGAUCGGACCCAGCCAAACGCGCAGCAGAUCGCUAGCGCGGACAUCAAGCGACGACUGGUGUCCGUCAUCAGGCAGACCAAGUCGGAGAACCUGAAGAGGGGUUACAAGAUGGAAUCGCCUCGCGUUUCGCACGUCCUGGACAGCCCGCGGAAGUUCGUCAAGUCCGAGAGCGACGUGAGAUCCAUCGUACCGAUUCCGGCGGAGCAUCUCGAGAAGAAGAUCGGCGAGUGUCCGGAGACGAACGAUCGGCGUCGUCGCGACGUCGACGCGAAGAAACCGAUGAUGUCGCCCGGCGAUCGGGCUCGCGCGAUUUUCGCGAGUAUCGUUAGCGGCGAGGCCGUGCUUGACUUCUAUUAG